AUGGAUUCCGCCCCCGCGCCUUCAGCUCCUCGUGCCACCGUUCAUAUACCCCCCAAUCACCCACUUCCCCUCGAAUAUUUCUGCUCAGAUUUUGCUCGACAGCAGGUUGCCAAACAGCAGCACUCCAACUACCACUCCACCUCCCUCAGAACCAUGGUGUCGACAUCUGUCAACCGCACUGCCCUGCACCCCACCGGUGUCCAACCGGGCCAGGGCCACACCGAGCUCGAGGAAGAGCUCCACGAGCACGCCCACAUUGACUAUGAAAGAGUCGCAAUUAUUGCCAACCCUUCCGUAGCGGCUCUCUACGAAGAUGCUCUGGUCUACGAAACCGGUACGGCCAUCACAUCCAGCGGCGCCCUAACAGCAUACUCCGGAGCCAAAACCGGCCGAUCCCCUAUGGACAAACGAAUCGUCAAGGAGGAAUCGUCAGAAAAUGAGAUCUGGUGGGGCCCCGUCAACAAGCCCAUGAGCCCCGAUGUCUGGAGAAUCAACCGAGAGCGCGCCGUCGACUACCUGAACACACGAAACCGCAUCUACGUAAUUGACGGCUACGCCGGCUGGGACGAGAGAUACCGGAUCAACGUCCGUGUCGUCUGUGCCCGUGCCUACCAUGCCCUGUUCAUGCGCAACAUGCUCAUCCGGCCCAAGCCCGAGGAGCUCGAGCAUUUCCAUCCCGACUAUGUUAUCUACAAUGCCGGUUCUUUCCCUGCCAACCGCUGGACCGAGGGUAUGACCUCCGCCACUUCGGUAGCUAUUAACUUUGCCGAGAAGGAGAUGGUUAUUCUUGGCACCGAGUAUGCCGGCGAAAUGAAGAAGGGUGUUUUCACCGUUCUCUUCUACGAGAUGCCCAUCAAGCACAACGUCCUUACCCUCCACUCCUCCGCUAACCAGGGCACCGAUGGCGAUGUCACGCUCUUCUUCGGUCUGUCGGGUACCGGCAAGACCACGCUCUCUGCUGACCCUAAGCGUGCCUUGAUUGGAGAUGACGAGCACUGCUGGAGCGAUCGCGGUGUCUUCAACAUCGAAGGCGGAUGCUACGCCAAGUGCAUUGGCUUGUCUGCUGAGAAAGAACCCGAUAUCUUCAAUGCUAUCAGAUUCGGCUCCGUUUUGGAGAAUGUUGUCUUCAACCCCAACACACGUGUCGUCGACUAUGAUGAUUCCACCUUGACCGAGAACACUCGCUGCGCCUACCCCAUUGAGUACAUCGAAAACGCCAAGAUUCCCUGCAUGGCCGAACAACACCCAUCGAACAUCAUUCUUCUCACCUGCGAUGCCCGCGGUGUUCUCCCACCGAUCUCCAAGCUCACCAGCGAGCAGACCAUGUUCCACUUCAUCUCGGGCUACACCUCCAAGAUGGCCGGCACUGAGGACGGCGUCACCGAGCCCCAGGCCACUUUCUCGUCUUGCUUCGCUCAACCUUUCUUGGCUCUCCACCCCAUGCGCUACGCCCGCAUGCUUGCCGACAAGAUCUCCGAACACAAGGCCAACGCCUGGCUGUUGAACACCGGCUGGGUCGGCGCCGGCUGCACCACCGGCGGCAAGCGCUGCCCGCUCAAGUACACCCGUGCGAUCCUCGACGCCAUCCACUCCGGCGAGCUCGCGCAGGUCGAAUACGAGACCUACGACACCUUCAACCUCCACAUCCCCAAGACCUGCCCCAACGUGCCCAGCGAGCUGCUCAACCCCCAGCGCAGCUGGACCGGCUCCGCCAGCUUCAAGGACGAAGUCAACAAGCUCGCCGACCUCUUCAACCAGAACUUCACCAAAUACAGCGCUGAAGCCACCCCCGAGGUCCUCGCCGCCGCUCCCCUGGUCAGCGUCGCCGCUGCCGCUACGGAGGAUCCCUUAGCGACCAAAGUCGUCCCCGCCGUCCCCGCUGCCGCCAUUCCCGAGCCGGCUGAGCCCGUCGCGGUCAACGGCGAACAGCCCCAGGCCAAUGGCGGCUCGUCGAUUUGA